AUGACUUCCUUGACGGCAGAUUGUCUUUUAGAAGUGUUAGAAAAUUUGAAAAAUGAAAAUUCAACAUUACAUUCGUGUUUAUUGGUUAACAGAUUAUGGUGCCAACAAACAAUUCCUAUAUUAUGGCAUCACCCGUUUGAUUACGAAAUAUCCAAAAGGAGGUGCAUAACUAUUAUUCAGACGUACAUAGCAUGUCUAAAAAAGCAAGAAAUUCAAGAAAAAUUUACUCAACUCUCUUCUUUUGAAUUGAAUAAACCAUUAUUUGAUUACCCAAGAUAUUUACAACAUUUGCAAAUUUCCAAUAUCAGAAAAGCCAUCAACCGAUGGAUUUUAUUUAAUGCAUUUAACGAUAAAUUUGAUAUUCUUUUUCAACUUUUAAUUAAUUUAUUUUUCAAUCGUACAAAAGGUUUUAGGGAAUUAAGUGUUUAUCUCGACCAUGAUAGCGAUUGGUUGAAAAUGCCUCAUUUGUUACAAAACAAUCUUUCAUUGUCAAAUUUACAAAAGUUUAAUUUCAUUUAUGAAAAUAAGAAAGAUGUGGAAGUUUGUCUCGGAACGCAACCAUCAGCAUUAUUUGAAUUGUUACAAAAAUACGCAAAGAAUAUACGUAAUUUAAAAUUUUCUAUUACUUUUCAUAAUAAGCAAAGGUGUUUACAAUCACAAUUAGCCCUUUUAAUUUCAUUAUUAAUUGAAUCACAACAAGGGAUUGAAAUCUUGGAGUUGAAUGAUUUUUGGAAUAUCAAAAAACCUUCGCAGAUCUUUAAAGCGAUUGAUUCACAAUUCCUUUCUUUGAGGUAUCUACAUGUAGAAGGAUUAAAGAAUUUCGAUCCUUUACUAACCAUUUUGGUUCAUUGCAAUAACUUGGAAACUUUAAAUUUAAAAAAUUUUGGUCAAACCAUGUUAAUUGAAAAUUUUGACAAGGUUAAAUUCUCGAAUUUAAAUAUUAAGCAUUUAUAUAGUUGGGAUAUACCUUCCUAUCUUGAUGCCGAUGAUAUGGGGUUAUUACUCAAGAUGAUAAAUAAAUCAUUACGGACACUUGCUCUCGAUAGAGUUGAUGAUGGUUUGAUAGAAAUCAUUGAAAAUUUUUGUCCAAAUAUUCAGAGUUUAUCUUUGGCGAUGUUUAAUGCUUCUUUCCCUAAACUUUUACCUUCCUUAAUUUACAAUUUACCCCUUAAUCACCUAUAUCUUGACAUCUUUGGUUAUAACUUUGCUGAAAUUUUAACCGAGUUAACCAAUUCAAUACCUUCAUCCGUUACAUCCCUUUAUAUCAAUUUCACUCUUGAUUCAGAACAAUUUAAUUAUUUCUUAAAUGAAAUGAAUGCAAGGCCAAAUACUUUGGGAAUAAUUGAUAGAUUUAUGAUUCAGAAGGAAUAUUUGAAAAUUAUUGAAAUUGUUGUAGAGUACGCCAAGAAUCAUGACAAUUUAAAAGUAUUACAUUGGUUUGGGAAUCUUGAUGACAAUAUAAAGGCCAUAGCUGAAACAAUAGAUACCAUGACCAUAAUAUGCUCUUCAGAGUGUGACUUUCUUGACAGCCAAACUCAUUUAUAA